AUGUCGAGGAAACUGUGGACCAUCUUCUCUUUUCUAAUAGCAACUUCAUUGGCGGAGAAUUCUUAUCUCAAGGCAGGUAUGUUACUGAGUAAAGCAUUUUGAGCUGAUUGUGAGAAGUAUGUUUAUAGUUUUUUAGCUUUUUUACUACAAUGAAUGGUCGUUUGUAAUAUAAACAACAUAAAAUAUUGACUUACUUUUGUAAGUUUAUUGUUUGGACUAACAUAAAUCAUUUGUUUUGGGUAAUUUUACAGAGAAUUUUGGGUAACUUUGAUAGAGAAUUUUGAUAAUUUUACAGAUAAUUGUACACAUGACACUCGUGAUGAUGUAGUCAGAAGGGCACGACCGAAGUACUGUAUUUCCAACGAUCCUACGGUCGGAGAAGUGGAGAUCAUACCUGAUACGUAAGGCUUUAUACUUUUGCGUGCCUUUAUAUUAGAAGUCGAAUGAUAGUUCGUCUUGCGCAAUAUGAGAAGAGUAGUCAUUACAUGUAGUAUGUAAAGUUUAUAAAUGGCAAGGUUUUUCUAGCUAUUUUGCCGAACAGAUUCAACAUUUUUUGACUGAUCUACGUUGACUACUUUUUUAAAUUUAUAAUUGAAGAAGAAGGUUGACUGUUUUGUUUUAUAAAGGUUCUCACAGUUUUCUAUUACUAUAUGUUAUAGUAGGUUCUUACAGUUUGUUUAAUUUAGAGUUACUGAAGAUAACAAAUGGACCAAAUGUAUGGAAUCUUGUUACGCACUGCACGAGACUGAGCAUGAUAACGUAAGGUCGAAACUUUAUAAAUUCAACGCUUGUUUUAAAUGUAAUUUGACUUGAAUUUGAUUUUUUAUCUCUAAAAGUUUAUUUGAAAGUUAUGUUUAGCUCUGGUUAGAAUUUACCCAGAAUUUUGGGCCUUAAAUUGAUAAUAUUACCUAAUUUUAAAUCAAAACCUCUAAAUACUCUUGCCAGUUCAGUGGAUGUUUGGCUGUUCGACUGAGUAUGACUUUCUAAAGCGUCUAUGCAGAUCAAUCAUACGGAACCAAAUGGAACGUUGCUUCUACGUGCCCGAGAUCACCAAUGUAUACACAAAGUACACGUCGAUUUGUUGUUGUGAUCCUUCUGAUUCUCAAGAUGAAGAGGAGAGUUGCGAGUUCAAGCUGAACCAGUUUGUGGACAACAAUCAGAGACUUCCCGAGCAGUUCAAGGAGGACUUGUAG